AUGGCGAGUGCAGAAGGGCGAUACUACGAGGCUGAGUUUCCCGAGCUGGAGGAGAUUGUGGUCGUGCAGGUGAAGCGCAUCGUUGACAUGGGCUCAUAUGUCUCCCUGCUCGAGUAUGACAAUCAUGAGGGCAUGCUCCUGAACAGCGAGCUUUCCAAGAGGCGGAUUCGAUCCUUAGCAAAGCUCGUGAAGGUUGGGAAAACCGAAAUCUGCAUGGUCCUGCGCGUAGACCAGGAGAAGGGCUACGUGGACUUGUCAAAGCGGCGAGUGGAGCCCGAGGAUGCCACGGCCAAGGAAGAGUCCUUCGCCAAAGCCAAGGCUGUGCAUGGCAUCAUGAGGCACGUAGCGCAGACGCACCAGAUCCCGGUGAACGAGCUGUGCUGCAAGGCCUCCUGGCCACUUUACAAGAAGUACAACAAUGCUUUCGAGGCUUACAAGAAGCACAUCAAUCAGGAGAUCGACCUUUGGUCGGAGAUCGACUUCAGCCAACCAGGUAUGGACCUCACACACCUGGCGGACAAGAUCAAGGAGGAUAUCGAGACCAACCUCAAGAGAAGGUUGAUCCAAGCAACGAUCCGACUCCGAGCCAAGAUUGAGGUCUCCUGCGACAAAUACGAGGGCAUCGAUGCCGUCAAGGAUGCCUUGGCCGAGGGCUUCAAGGCUAGCACGGAGGAGUGCGAGGUGAAGAUCAACUUGGUAGCCCAUCCACUCUUCGUGCUGACUUGCAUAUGCAGGGAUAAGCCGACCGGCAUGGCAGUUCUUGAGGACGCUAUGGAGAGGAUUAAAACCUCCAUCGAAGAGAAGAAGGGCGAGUACCUGACCGUGCUCAAGCCGGAGGUCACUGGCCAGGAGGAGAAGCAUGCCGAGGAGUCGAGUGACGAGGAGGACUCCGAAGACGAGGAGGCCGGCAGCGACCAGGAGGCAAUGCCUGAUUUGGACGAGGAUGCCAUGAAAGCUCUGAUGACAAAGAAG